AUGGCGCCGAUGCUCCAAGGUGACGCCGUCGACACCGACGCGUCAAUGUCGGAUGCGCCCGCUCAUCGCAAUGCCGAGCGAAUGGAUGUCGACGAGACGCCCGACUACACUGAUUCCGAUACCAACCCCAACACCACAGCUAGCAGCGUAGCUGGCGAGCCCGUCGGCGAUGGUAGGAAGCGCAGAUCGGAGGCUACAGCUCUGCGCCGUAGCAUCUUUGGCAAGAAGCAUGAUCGCCUGGGCGAGUCAAAAGAAGAUGACACCAUCAGACGCUUCAGAUACCUUCUAGGCCUUACCGAUCUCUUUCGCCAUUUUAUCGAGACGAACCCCAACCCCAAGAUUCGCGAAAUCAUGGCAGAAAUCGACCGACAAAACGAGGAAGCUAUCCGCGGAAAGAAGUCUGGCCCCAGACAAGGUGGCGCUACCAGCGAGAGAAGACGCCGUACGGAAGCUGAAGAAGAUGCCGAGCUCCUCAAGGAUGAGAAGCAUGGAGGCUCUGCUGAGACCGUCUUUCGCGACUCCCCUGGCUUUAUCCAGGGCCAGAUGCGCGACUACCAGGUUGCUGGCCUGAACUGGCUCAUCUCAUUGCACGAGAACGGUAUCUCUGGUAUUCUGGCUGACGAAAUGGGUCUUGGCAAGACACUGCAAACAAUCUCUUUCCUGGGCUAUCUUCGUCACAUUGUCGACAUUACUGGCCCGCACCUGGUCAUUGUGCCCAAGUCUACCCUCGACAAUUGGAAGCGAGAAUUCUCCCGGUGGACACCCGAGGUCAAUGUCCUUGUUCUACAGGGUGCCAAAGAAGAGCGCCACGAGCUCAUCAACGACCGCCUAGUCGACGAGAAGUUUGACGUCUGUAUUACGAGUUACGAAAUGGUGCUGCGCGAAAAAUCCCAUCUCAAAAAGUUUGCAUGGGAGUACAUCAUAAUCGACGAGGCCCAUCGUAUCAAAAACGAAGAAUCCUCCCUAUCACAAGUUAUUCGACUAUUUUCCUCGCGAAACCGACUCCUCAUUACUGGUACACCCCUGCAGAACAACUUGCAUGAACUGUGGGCGCUGCUCAACUUCCUUCUGCCCGACGUCUUUGGUGACUCUGAAGCCUUUGACCAAUGGUUCUCCGGUGAGGACCGUGACCAAGACACCGUCGUCCAACAGCUGCAUCGCGUCCUUCGGCCGUUCCUGCUCCGACGUGUCAAGAGUGAUGUCGAGAAGAGUCUCCUUCCGAAGAAGGAAGUCAACCUCUACCUUGGCAUGUCUGAUAUGCAGAUCAAGUGGUACCAAAAGAUUCUCGAGAAGGAUAUCGACGCCGUCAAUGGCGCCGGUGGCAAACGUGAAUCCAAGACGAGGUUGCUCAACAUUGUUAUGCAGCUGCGAAAGUGCUGCAACCAUCCGUAUCUCUUUGAAGGUGCCGAGCCCGGUCCUCCUUACACCACCGACGAGCACUUGGUCUAUAACGCCGGGAAAAUGAAAGUUUUAGACAGACUUCUGAAGCGUCUUCAGGGCGAGGGCAGCAGAGUUCUCAUCUUUUCUCAGAUGAGCAGAUUGCUGGAUAUCCUCGAAGACUACUGUGUAUUCAGAGAUUACAAAUACUGCCGUAUCGACGGUAGUACUGCCCACGAAGACCGUAUUGCUGCCAUUGACGAGUACAACAAGCCCGGCUCCGAAAAAUUCGUUUUCCUGCUCACUACGAGAGCCGGUGGCCUUGGUAUCAACCUCACGAGCGCCGAUAUCGUCAUUCUGUACGAUAGUGAUUGGAACCCUCAAGCUGAUCUGCAAGCUAUGGAUCGUGCGCAUCGUAUUGGUCAGACAAAGCAGGUGGUCGUUUAUCGAUUCGUAACAGACAACGCCAUCGAAGAAAAGGUUUUGGAACGAGCAGCACAGAAACUUCGCCUCGAUCAGCUCGUCAUUCAGCAAGGUCGUGCACAGCAGGGUGCCAAGGCUGCAGCCAACAAGGAUGAGCUGUUGUCCAUGAUUCAGCAUGGUGCAGAGACAGUCUUCCAAGCCAAGGGCUCAAACACUGGCAGUACCGACGAUCUUAACGACGAUGACAUUGAUGCUAUUCUUAACCAGGGCGCGUCCCGUACUAAACAACUCAAUGCCAAGUACGAGAAGCUUGGUCUCGACGAUCUGCAGAAGUUCUCUUCAGAGUCGGCUUACGAAUGGAAUGCAAAACGAGAGAGAAAGGAGCAGUCGUACUCUAUGGACAAAUAUUUCCGACAGGCCAUGUAUCCCAAUCCCAAGAAUGAUGGUAAACCCAAGGCUCCCAGAGCGCCUAAACAGAUUCCGGUCCACGAUUACCAGUUCUACCCUGCCAGGCUUCAAGAGCUUCAGGAGCGCGAAACGGCCUAUUAUAGAAAAGAAAUCGGCUACAAGGUCGUGCUGCCCGAUGGCGAGGAAGAGACACUUUCCGAUCGCGAGGCUGAGCGCGCAUUAGAUCAGCAAGAAAUUGACAAUGCCACACCUCUGACCGAGGAAGAACGCGAGGAGAAAGAAGAGCUAUCAACGCAAGGCUUUGGAAACUGGAGCAAGCGAGACUUUCAGCAGUUUAUCAACGGCUCCGGCAAGUUUGGUCGCAAUGACUACCAUGGCAUCGCCACAGAAAUCGGCAGCAAGACAGCCCCGGAAAUUAAGGAAUACGCCAAGGUGUUUUGGCAGCGAUACACGGAAAUUGCCGACUACAGCAAGCACAUCAAAGUCAUUGAGGACGGUGAGGAGCGCACGCGCCGUAUCGAGCAGCAGCGCAAGCUCCUGCGGAAGAAGAUGCAGCAGUAUCGCGUACCGCUGCAGCAGCUCAAGAUCAACUACUCGGUGUCGACGACCAACAAGAAGGUGUACACAGAGGAGGAGGACCGCUUCCUGCUGGUGCUGCUGGAUAAGUACGGCAUCGACUCGGACGGCCUGUACGAGAAGAUGCGCGACGACAUUCGCGAGUCGCCGCUGUUUCGCUUUGACUGGUUCUUCCUCAGCCGCACACCCGUGGAGCUGUCGCGUCGCUGCACGACGCUGAUUACGACGAUUGUCAAGGAGUUUGAGGACGCCCCCGGGGGGCGCAACGGUGCCAACAGCAAGGCCAAGCGCGAGCCGGAGGACGAGAAUGACGAGGAUAGCGUGCUGGGCAUGCCUGCGAAGAAGAAGUCCAAGAAUGGCGUCAAGAACAAGGCACUCGAUAAUGUCAAGUCCAAGUCUGGCAAGGGCAGCAAGGGCAGCUCUGCCGCGCCAUCUCGCGCAUCCAGCGUAGCGUCUACCAAUUCCAACGCUGGCAAGAAGAAGAAGUCGAAGAAAUAA